AUGCCUGUGGUUUUAACUUCUGCUCGUGUUCUCGUCGAUGAACCUUGUUGCGAUGAAGUUCAAGUAACAAAAUAUGUUCGAAGAGUUCCAAUCUGGAGUCCCCUGUUCUUCGAUAGCCCAAUAAAAGUAGUAAGCGUUGAUUCAAGACCAAUCAUCACUCGUACAAAACGUGUUACGAUUCGUAAACCAGUAUUUAAAGUUAUCAUAUAA